CUAAAAAAAGGAAUAGUUACAAGGAUGUUCAGAGCAGCAAUAUUUAUAAUGGCAAAAAAAUUGGUAGCAAUCUAUAUAUCUAGUAGCAGGGGACUGAGUAACUAGAUCAUGGAAUUGCCUCUAACAGAACAGUUUGGAAACUAUUAGUCUUGAAAGCAAAGUGACUUGCCGUCAGCACUUGAAAAAAUAAAGGGCUCCCAAACGCUUCAGAAGACAGAAACAGAAGAGGGAGGGAACAGCCAUAAUAAUGCCUAUCACAGAAUGUAACAGGUCAUCAAGCCCUGCCUCCUGCACAUCUCCCAACCCGAACAAGGAGAAUCCAAGAAAGAAGGUCCAGUGGGCUUCUGGGAGGAGGAGGACGUCAUCCACAGACUCAAAGUCCCAGUCCGACCCCUCCAAAGCGUCCAGGUCCCGGAAACUCAGCCGGCUGACGGUGAAGUAUGACCGGGGGCAGCUCCAGAGCUGGCUGGAGAUGGAGCAGUGGGUGGACGCCCAGGUUCAGGAUCUCUUCCAGGAUCAACCAACUCCUUCUGAGCCUGAGAUCGACCUGGAGGCUCUCAUGGAACUAUCCACAGAGGAGCAGAAGACUCAGUUGGAGGCUAUUCUCCAAAACUGCCCCCGCCCCACAGAGCCUUUUAUCUCUGAGCUGCUCAGUCAACUCAAGAAAUUUCGGAGACUCAGUCGGCCUCAGAAAUAAGCCUUGUGAGACUACCUUCAUCAGCUUCAGCACUGCCAGGUCUGCCCUGAACCCCUGGAUCCUGGGCUGAGAGGGAAACAGCUCCUUGGGACACAGACAAGGAACAUGUAGAGUGAGGAGGGACAUUUGGACACCCCUGUCUAUGUGCAGUCACAGCUAAUUCCUGUCAGCUGGGCUUUCUGGGAGCCAGUCAUGGCUAUGGCCCAGUGCUUUCCUCGGCAGCCGAGUGAAUAAAAC